AAGAGCUCAGAUAGGGUGUGAGGGGAUGAAUGGGGGCGCAGGGGGCACCAGAGGGAUAGGAGGAACGUGCAGCAGCAGAGGGACUGACCCACAAGCCCCAAAAUUGUGUCCCCAACACUGACACCAUGGCUGGGCUGUGCUCUGGGGACUGCUGAAUGCCCAAACACCCGAAAUGGGGGGACACAAGCUGACAGGACAGCCCCUGGGCUCGUUUGUCUCUCUCUCCCUCUGCUGCCCCGUGCCCCAUGCUGCCGGCUGGAGCUUGGGCACCUCCUCCCUGCCUCAGUUUCCCCUUGCCAGUGGCCACCCCGGGUUAGUGCCCGGGGCAGCAGGGGAAGCGGGGGCUGGCAGGGCAGGAGCGAGGGCAGGGAGGAGCAGCAGCCCCACUGCGGAUGGACAGAGAUGCUGCCCACGGACAGAGAUGCUGCCCACGGCAGGGCCAGGGGCUCAUGUCGGGCCGCAUCUGCCACGCCGCUCCCAGCCCCCGGGGAAAGCAGAACCUCCUCCCCCGCUCGGAGCAGCCCAGAGGAGGCUGGAUGGGCUCUCGGAGCCCACGAAACUAGAAAUCUCCGGGGUGCCGCGGAGGGGCCGCGCCAGCGGGGAGGACGCUGAAGCUGGGAACAGCACCAUGGCCAACCUGACAGCCGUGAGCACCGGCAGGAACUCGUGCACCUACCACGAGGAGUUCAAGCAGGUCCUGCUGCCCCUGGUGUACUCGGUGGUGUUCCUGGUGGGGCUGCCCUUGAACGCCGUGGUCAUCGGGCAGAUCUGGCUGGCGCGGAAGGCGCUGAGCCGCACCACCAUCUACAUGCUCAACCUGGCCAUGGCUGACCUGCUCUACGUCUGCUCCCUGCCGCUCCUCAUCUACAACUACACCCAGAAGGACUACUGGCCUUUCGGGGACUUCACCUGCAAAUUCGUGCGCUUCCAGUUCUACACCAACCUGCACGGCAGCAUCCUCUUCCUCACCUGCAUCAGCGUCCAGCGCUAUCUGGGCAUCUGCCACCCCUUGGCCUCGUGGCACAAGAAGAAGGGCAAGAAGCUGACGUGGCUGGUGUGCGCGGCCGUGUGGUUCAUUGUCAUCGCCCAGUGCCUGCCCACCUUCGUCUUCGCCUCCACCGGCACGCAGAGGAACCGCACCGUCUGCUACGACCUGAGCGCACCCGACCGCUCCGCCGCCUACUUCCCCUACGGCAUCACCCUCACCUUCACCGGCUUCGUGCUGCCCUUCGUGGCCAUCCUGGCCUGCUACUGCAGCAUGGCGCGCAUCCUGUGCCAGAAGGACCAGCGGAUCGGCCUGGCCGUGCACAAGAGGAAGGACAAAGCCGUGCGCAUGGUCAUCAUCGUGGUCAUCGUCUUCUCCAUCAGCUUCUUCCCCUUCCACCUCACCAAGACCAUCUACCUGAUCGUCCGCUCCUCGCCCGGCCUGCCCUGCCCGGCCCUGCAGGCCUUCGCCAUCGCCUACAAGUGCACGCGGCCCUUCGCCAGCAUGAACAGCGUCCUCGACCCCAUCCUCUUCUACUUCACCCAGCGCAAGUUCCGGGAGAGCACCCGCUACCUCCUCGACAAGAUGAGCUCCAAGUGGCGGCACGACCACUGCGUCACCCACGGCUCCUAGGCGAGGACGAGGCCCCCUCAGUGCCGCCGGGGCACGGAGCAAUUUCGGCUCUAAGCUCCACGGAGCGGAGAUGGCUUCUCUGGGGACAUGCUGGAGGAGAGGAGGAUGGCAUCUCCCGAGCUUUCAGCCGUUUCAGCCCACCUCCAGCCUGCAGUGGUGCAGUAUUAACCCCAUCACAGAUCCAGUGUCCUCUCCCUGGCUCUGUUGCUCACUCAGAGCAGCUCAGCACCUUGCUGGUCAAGCCACCGAUGUGAUAAAAAUCCCCUGGGACCGUGGAGAACAAGAUGGGACCAUGGAGGACGCACCCCUGGCCCAGGACAAGCUGCUGGGAGAUGAUUUGUCCCCAUGCUCAAUUAAAAAUUCCCUGAUGGGGACAGCAUGUGAAGGCUGGGAGGGUUUGGUUCAGCCCAUACCAUGGGGCCAUGUGUUUCUCCAGCUCAAGAUCAGUGUCACGGAUGGUUUGUGUAGCACUGGGACAUCCCUGUCCCCCAGUGCCUGCAAUGAGGCCACACCAGCAAGAGACACAGGCUCACUGCUACUGCCAGUGCUGUGAAAUGGUGGAGGAGCACCCCUGGACAGACUGGGAACAGGGAAAGGGAACAUCGGGGCAACUGGAACACCCACACUGGAUUUCCCACUGAAGCCAUGCCCGUGGGCUGGGUUAGGCACAAGCCAGCAGCAUUGUCACCUGCCUGGGGACCUUCAUCCGAGUCCAGCUCCCUGCUUAGCCCAGCACCCCAAAUCUGGCCCAUCCUGGUGUCAGUGGUGCCCUGCUGUCACCUCCUAACCAGGAUCCACCACAGUCGGAGCCAGCAGAUGCAGACAAUGCCCAGAGUUGGAAGAUGCAUGCCACAGAGAGCUACUCAGAGUCCUGGCCACGUCACCAUGCAUCCCACAGCUGGCUUGGGCUCUCCACGGGCCUGGGGAUUGAGCUUUGCUCCCACAGCCUCUGUUGGGAUGCUGCUCCCUCCAAGCGAGGAGGGAUUUGCGAGGUGGAUGCACCACUCAUCGCUCUGCGGGUCUUCUCUAACAUACAGGAUGUAUAGAAUUAACUCCCUGCUCUUUCUCACAUGGGUGUAUACACCCACUGCGUGUAUAGACAUAGAAUAUAGCCGAGCAGAGGGAGGUUUGUGGCCCAGCACAGGCACUGCAGUGCAGAAACUCUCUGCCUGAGCACAAUGUAUGUAUCUAUACAGUGUAUAUAUAUAUAUAUAUAUAUAUAUAUAU